CCCGCCCCCUCCGCGCGCCGGCGUCCGCUGCGUCUCCGGCAUUUGAAUCGCGCUUCCGCCAUCUUUCCAGCUUCAGUCGCGACAGGCGCGGAGGCUCUGCUGGAAGGAUCGCCGCGAUGGCCGCCCAGGGAGAGCCGCAGGUCCAGUUCAAGCUCGUCCUGGUGGGCGACGGCGGCACCGGGAAGACGACGUUCGUGAAGCGCCACUUGACGGGCGAGUUCGAGAAGAAGUAUGUAGCCACCCUGGGCGUGGAGGUGCACCCGCUCGUCUUCCAUACCAACAGAGGGCCCAUCAAGUUCAACGUGUGGGACACAGCCGGCCAGGAGAAGUUCGGAGGCCUGCGCGAUGGCUACUACAUCCAAGCCCAGUGUGCCAUUAUAAUGUUUGAUGUAACAUCAAGAGUCACUUACAAGAAUGUACCUAACUGGCAUAGAGAUCUGGUGCGUGUGUGUGAAAACAUCCCCAUUGUAUUGUGUGGCAAUAAAGUGGAUAUUAAGGACAGAAAAGUGAAGGCAAAAUCUAUUGUCUUCCACCGAAAGAAGAACCUUCAGUACUAUGAUAUUUCUGCCAAAAGUAACUACAACUUUGAAAAGCCUUUCCUCUGGCUUGCCAGGAAGCUCAUUGGCGACCCUAAUUUGGAGUUCGUCGCCAUGCCUGCUCUUGCCCCUCCUGAGGUGGUCAUGGACCCAGCGUUGGCAGCACAGUAUGAGCAUGAUUUAGAGGUUGCUCAAACGACUGCUCUCCCGGACGAGGAUGAUGACCUGUGAGAACGUGAAGCUGGAGCCCUGAGUCAGAAGUCUAGUUUUAUAGGCAACUGUCCUGUGACGUCAGCGGUGCAGCGUGUGUGCCACCUUAUUUAGCUAAGCAGAUCGUGUACUUCAUUGGGAUGCUGAAGGAGAUGAAUGGGCUUCGAGUGAAUGUGGCAGUUAAAACAUACCUUCAUUUUUUUUGGACUUGCAUAUUUAGCUGUUUGGAACACAGUUGUUUCCUUCCUGAAUUUCAAAAAUAAGACUGCUACAGUCACAUCACACUCUUCAGUCAGUGGUGAAAUCUUGUUUGUUACUGUCAUUCCCGUUCUUUUUGUUUAGAAUCAGAAUAAAGUUGUAUUUCAAAUAA